AGAUGGCGCGUGGUCGGGCAACGCCGCACGCGUCAUUCCGACCGAGUCCUGUCCGGCGACACCGUGCCCAAAACCCGACGUCGUGUGUCCCGGGUGAAAAACAAUGAAUUAAAACGUCAAACGUUGCGGUGUCAUGUGAACUGUCCCGUCCGGUGGUGUGGUUCGAGUGAAUAAUGUACGAGGAAUACGAGGGCAGCACCCUGUUGGAGGGCCUGGCGGCGGCCGUCGACCUGCCCCUGGACCAGGUGAACUUUUUCGCCGCGCAACUUGUUGCUCUGCUACUGGCGGUGGUUUACCGGAAGGGUUUCCACCCUUCCGUCACCAGCCACGGCCUGAGGCACUGCUACGGUUUGGCCGUGGGCAUUGCCCUCAUCUACUUCUGCUAUGGCCUUCACACCUUGCAUCUGUUCGUCAUGUCCAGCAUGUGCUUUAUUUUGUUGAAAGUUGUGAGUCCCAGGACGGUGCACAUUUACGUGUUGGUGGGCUCGUUGACCUACCUGUCGUUGAUGCACGUGUGGAGGGUUUACUACAGUUAUGGGUCCAAUAAGAUCGACGUCAGUGGCCCACUGAUGGUGUUAACGCAGAAGGUGUCCAGUUUGGCUUUUAGUAUCUACGAUGGGGCGACGAAAAGUGAAGCCGAAAUGACUGAGGCCCAGAAACGAUUCGCCUUGCCUAAAGUGCCUACUGCCUUGGAGUACUACAGCUACAUGUUCCUGUUUCCCACGGUACUGGCUGGCCCCACUGUGUAUUACAAAGACUACCUCCAGUUCAUUGAAGGGACGGACCAGCCACCCAAUUUGAAUCCCACCAAAACAGUCUUCAAAAAGGUACUCAUCGCCUUGUCCUGCUGCCUUGUGUUCAUCCUCCUGAACCCGCACUUCCCAAUAAGACGCAUCAAGGACGAGCACUUCCUCGAAACCACCGACUUCAGUUACAAGCUCUACUAUCUGGCCAUGUGCACCAACCUGGUACGGUUCAAGUACUACUUCGCCUGGAUAAUGGCGGACGCCAUCUGCAACAACGCCGGCCUGGGCUACAACGGCCAAGACCCCGACGACAACCCGAAAUGGGACAAGGUCUCCAACGUGGACAUAGCCAAGUUCGAGUUCGCCCCCAGCCUGAAGGACGCCAUCGAGGCGUGGAACAAGGGCACCAACAUCUGGCUCCGCUUCGUCGUCUACGAACGUGCCCCUCGCUUCAAAGUCUUCCUAACCUACGCCCUGAGCGCCCUGUGGCACGGCUUCUACCCCGGCUACUACAUCACCUUCUUCACCGGCGCCAUCUUCACGGUGGCGGCCCGGAUCGUGAGGAAGAACGUGCGGUACUACUUCCUGGAGAACGCGGAAAUGAAGAUGUUCUACGACGUGCUCACGUUCGUGGUCACCAGGUUCGUGAUGGCCUACGUGACGUUCCCGUUCGUGCUGUACGAGUUCUGGGCUUCCGUCGCCUUGUACAACAAGCUGUUCUGGCACCUUCAUUUGGCGGCCAUCCUCACCAUCGUGCUGGUGCCCAACUGUCUUCCACGCAGCUACGCGGCCAACCCGGCCAAGAAAGAGGAGAACGUCAACAUAGUGCGGGUCCUCAGGUCCGGCUCAUACAGAAUCGACUAACUACUAUUAAGUUGUUUAUUAUUGAUUAAAUUUAAGUCACACCUGUUCACAACGUACAAAAGGCGAAAUUAUAUGUCCAUAACCUUUCGCAACGUAUUUUGUUGAUGUACAAAUUUAACCGCAACUUAAAUUUGUUACGAAUAUGUGCCUUAAUUUCGUCCUCUCACACACACACACACCACAAUUUAACGAUUAACAUCAAAAUAUGUGAUUUAUGUAAAUGUUCCCUAAUAGACUGACCUCGGAUGAUAGAUUUUUAUACUCCAGAUUUUUACUGACCAAGCUGAACGUGCAGUUAGAUUGUUCUAUUUUUGUAACCGAUUUAGCGAGAUUAAAAUGGCACGAUGGACAAUUUACCUUUCAAAACGGAUGGAUAUAUUUAACGUAACAAUUUAUGUUUGGUAUUUAUUUCUUGUUUACUGAAAAAACAGGAACGCAUUUCGCUAUGACAAUAGACUAUACUCAUUUUAUUAUUUGUUUUUUUUUUUUAAGAAAGACAGACUGUUAAGUUAGUGCUCAAAGAGUUGUACACGAUAACUGAAAAGAACUACGUAUUUAUGUCUAUUUAUUCUGUUUGUUUUAUUUUUUAGACAGAGAAACUGGUCUUCCUUUUGUGAAUAAUUAAAUUUUUGUUUAUAAAAUGUUUUUAUUGAAA